AUGCCGCCGAAAUCGAACACCGAGCCGUCCGCGGGGGCCCAAAUGAAGAGACAAUAUUUGAUCAGUUACAAUGCUAUCAGCGCGACGCUGUGGUUCGGCGUGCUAGCGCGGGUGGUUAUGCAUGCGGCAGCUGAGGGCGUGGAGAAUGGGAAGGUGUAUGAGGAGUUGGAGAGGUAUACGAGAUUGGUGCAGACUGGGGCGUGUUUGGAGGUUGCGCAUUCGCUUCUUGUUGCGUGGAGUGUUACGGAGGUGAUAAGGUACUCGUACUUUGUCUUCGCGCUCACUGAUUCCGUACCCAAAUUAUGGACUUGGCUUCGGUAUAAUACUUUCCUCGUCCUGUACCCGAUCGGUGUCGCAAGCGAAACUUGGUUGGUCUAUAAGGCUAUUCCGCCGGCGAGCAAAAUCGAUGAGAAGUUCGGAUGGGGUUUGUGGGCUGUUUUGGCGACGUAUAUUCCUGGCUUCUAUACGCUCUUCACGUAUAUGCUGAAGCAGAGGAGGAGGAUUAUGAGGGCGGAUGCGGGGAAGAAGAAGCAGUAG